CGGGUGGGAGCAGCUCUCUACUGCCCUCACCUGAGUCCUGUCUGGAGGUUGUAGAUGUUGGGUUAGGCCCUGCCCUCUAGUGUCUAGCCACUCAGGUAAGAGGCCCUUUUCCCUCCCCUGGGGCAGGGCUCUUCCUUUAUAAAGGGCCUUUGCUGGGCGCUGUCCCACCGUCUAGAAGCAGCUGCUCAGCUCGCUCUCGAACCUCCGUCUUGAGCUCACUGCCUUCACUCCCAACUUCACCAUGUCCAUCAGGGUGACUCAGAAAUCCUACAAGAUGUCCACCUCCGGUCCCCGGACCUUCAGCAGCCGCUCGUUCACGAGUGGACCCGGUGCCCGCAUCAGCUCUUCCAGCUUUUCCCGGGUGGGCAGCAGCAGCAGCAGCUUCCGGGGAGGCCUGGGUACCGGCGUGGGCCUGGGUGGCUUUGGCGGAGCUGGUGUCGGGGGCAUCACAGCGGUCACGGUGAACCAGAGCCUGCUGAGCCCCUUGAAACUGGAGGUGGACCCCACCAUCCAGGCUGUGCGCACUCAGGAGAAGGAGCAGAUUAAAUCCCUGAAUAACAAGUUCGCCUCCUUCAUUGACAAGGUGCGCUUCCUGGAGCAGCAGAACAAGAUGCUGGAGACCAAGUGGAGCCUGUUGCAGCAGCAGAAGACAUCGAGGAGCAACAUGGACAACAUGUUUGAGAGCUACAUCAACAACCUUCGCAGGCAGCUGGAAGCCCUGGGCCAGGAGAAGCUGAAGCUGGAGGCGGAGCUCGGCAACAUGCAGGGUCUGGUGGAGGACUUCAAGAACAAGUAUGAGGAUGAGAUCAACAAGCGUACAGAGAUGGAGAAUGAUUUUGUCCUCAUCAAGAAGGAUGUGGAUGAAGCAUACAUGAACAAGGUGGAACUCGAGUCCCGCCUGGAAGGACUGACUGACGAGAUCAACUUCCUCCGACAGAUCCAUGAAGAGGAGAUCCGUGAGUUGCAGUCUCAGAUCUCAGACACGUCUGUGGUGUUGUCCAUGGACAACAGCCGUUCCCUGGACAUGGACGGCAUCAUCGCUGAAGUUCGUGCCCAGUAUGAGGAGAUCGCCAACCGCAGCCGGGCUGAGGCUGAAACCAUGUACCAGAUUAAGUAUGAGGAAUUGCAGACCCUGGCUGGGAAGCACGGGGAUGAUCUGCGCCGCACGAAGACGGAGAUCUCCGAGAUGAACCGCAACAUCAGCCGCCUGCAGGCGGAGAUUGAAGCCCUCAAAGGCCAGAGGGCAACCCUGGAAGCAGCCAUUGCUGAUGCCGAGCAGCGCGGGGAGAUGGCCAUUAAGGAUGCCCAGGACAAACUGUCUGAGCUGGAGGCUGCCCUGCAACGAGCCAAGCAGGACAUGGCCAGGCAGCUGCGCGAGUACCAGGAACUCAUGAACGUCAAGCUGGCUCUGGACAUCGAGAUCGCCACUUACCGCAAGCUUCUGGAGGGCGAGGAGAGCAGGCUGGAGUCUGGGAUGCAGAACAUGAGUAUCCAUACGAAGACCACCAGUGGCUACUCAGGAGGACUGAGCUCAUCCUAUGGAGGACUCACUAGCCCUGGCUUCAGCUAUGGAGUGAGCUCCUUCCAGCCCGGCUUCGGUUCUGUUGGGGGAUCCAGCACUUUUAGCCGCACCAAGGCUGUGGUCGUGAAGAAGAUUGAAACCCGAGAUGGGAAGCUGGUGUCCGAGUCUUCUGAUGUUGUGUCCAAGUGAAUGGCCACUGAAGUCGUUGCCAGCCUGAGCUCCUGCAGCUGCUCAGGGCUCAUGGGGAGACAGCUGUAUGGCGUCCCUGUAUAGAGUACAGGGAACUAGAGACCCGCCCUAGGGUCAGCCCUAACCCUAUGGCCAACCUUGGGAGGAAUUUUGUAUCUGGGAUAUCCCAAUGGCCCCUGCCUCCCACCCAAACCCAAUUCAAUUGUAUUUUUCAAAAUAAAGCCUCAGGUGGUUCUAUCAACUAA